CAGAAUCAUGGGACGCCUCUGGAGGACCUGGCUGGCUCCCGGGCCGCUGGGUGCCUCAAGGUCUUCAUCCAGCGGGACUACUCAGAAGGAACCUCUGUAAAAUUUCAGACCAAGUUUCCUCCUGAACUUGAGGGAAAGAUUGAGAAAACAGUGUUUGAGAAUACAAUCAACGACAUUAACGGCAUGUUUGUGGAAGCGGAAAAAAUGUCUUGUGGUCGCUACUGUGAGGGCUGUCUAGGUUGCCUAACAGCGUAUCUUGUGUUCUUCUGCAUGGAGACACACUAUGAACAGAUGAUGAAGAAGGUGACCAAAUACGUAGCAGAACAGAACGAGCGUGCAUGGACUCCCCGAGGCCUCCUUAUCACCAACCCCAUUGAACGUGGACUCAGAGUUAUCGAAAUUAGUAUAUUAACAGAACCAGCAACCACGAGAUCGCAAUGAGACGUCCAUAGCAAUACUGUUACUGCUGUACAGGACCGAUAAUUUCUUCACCGUCACCACCAUUCAUCAUCACCAUCACACUUCAUUGUUAGCCAGUCAUAGUAACCCAUGAUCAUCCACAACAUUUAUAACAUUAUAUGGGAUAUUCUAUGUAGUUUUUAAGAGACGAAUAUGUGACUUCUGGAAGGUUAGGAUGAGUUACAUCAUCACUGUACAGAAUAUCUAUAUUUUGCCUUUCACAUUUUAAAAAAGUUGGUCAAAACCUAAAAUUAUUUGUUUUUUAUGUCUGGUUUAGACUAGGGGGUUGUUAUUACUCAAUUGUGUGGGGCGGGGGCCGUAGAGGCUGUGUGUGGCCCAGCCCCUGUACACCGCCAGAUAAAUUACAGCCACAGUUUGACUCGUUGUUGUAGUACAGUGUGUUGUGUACAUAGUAACUUUCAUUUGUCCUGUGAGGGGAAGAAAAGUGCAGUAUAUCUCUCGCUCUUAUUUUAUAUUUCAAAAUUUAGAAUAUUACGUAAUUUUAGAUACAGGGAUAUUUAGAAAAAACAUCAUUGCCUUUAUUAUGGAAGUUAGUGUAUAAUGUAACUAGUAAUAUGAGGUCUAUUGGUGACUAACCAUCUCAAAGUUCAUCGUACAGUUUGUUCUGGCAGCCCACAAAUCAAUAAUUAUUUGUCAGAAUGGCAAAAAAAGAUUUUCAGUGAGGACAAUUUUCAAAUGAUAUAGCGAAAUUGAUAAGAAUGUUCAAGUUUAAAGAAAAUUAAAUGUGUAACUUUUUAGAAAUAUAAUAUUAACAGUGUACUGUAAUUCAGUGAUCCAAAACAUUACAGCAAGCCUGGUGAUUAGAUAAUACUGAGUUUGUCUAUUGUGACCAUAAAAUUUUAGCAUCUAUAACCUCUGUCAUUUCAGUAAAUACAGUGUCUCAGUCUUUUUAUCAGAAUAUCUACCAGUAAGAUGGUGAAGGGAUUUAAAAUUUGUUUAUCUAUCUCGAGAGGCACUCAGCACUGAUGAGUUCAUACAGUAACUCUUGUGAGUUUCAGGGGAGCAGUGACCACAGUGGCUCCAAGGCAACUGUGUUCAUAAUGGCUCCACUGCAAGAAGUAUUCCAGAACAUUUUUACCAACAUUGUGAUUUCUCCAAAUUUUCUACAAUUGCUAUAUUGUUUUGGCUAAAAUCUCACAUUUGGACUGGUACCAUUGACAAGUUUGGGUGGUUGAAUAUGCUGGGUAGCAGUUGAUUAUGAAAGCCCUCACUCAGUAUAUGUAGCAUCACUUGCCACACUUUUUCUGUGGCACUAAACAAGAGUGUCCUUCAUGUGCUAUGAUAACUACAAAGAAUAUAAAGUUGAUGAUGACAAACUUAUUGUUAUCCAAUCAUUUUGAUAAACAGUGGAAGAAGAAGUAAUGUAGAAAUACAAAAAAACAAAACAUAUAUAAACUAAGAGUCAGUUGGUCAGUACGAUAAAUAGUUUGUGAAUGUGUCUCAGAAGUUUGAAGUUGUUGGCAUGAUGAUUAUUCUUGAGGUUCGCUUCAACUGCAACUUGGUAGGUGCCGCGGCUUCAGGAGUUUGGCAACACUAGCAACAGCAAGAGUCACAGCAGGUGUUAACUUUACUGUGUUUCUUGCAUAUGGCUGCCAUUAAUGGUGAUGCAGUACAGCUGUGGUUCCAUCGGUUGCUGUGCCCUGUGAUAUGUAAUUGUUUACAUGUGAAUUUUUAAUCUUGAAUUGUACUUCUGCGGCACCUUGAACUGGCGGGAGUUUUUCCCAGUGAAGUGCGUACUGUAGUUUGAUAUGUUUAUAAAAGAAAAGCCUUAUAAAGUUAGUGUUGACUGAUGGGUGUCUGGCUAUAUAAGUAUACAGUAUGUCCAAGUUUUCAUCUUCAUUAGUUAUCUUGUUUCAUUUUUGUAUAUUAUUGUGUUUAAAGGUACUGUUCCUUGGUGUAUUUAAUUGUUUGUGUUCUUGUGAAAUUAUUUGUUUCUUCUGCAAACUUCUUAGUGUAGAGGCUGAUCAUACACACAGUUUACAAUACCAAUCAGUUUUGUGGAAUUUCUUGUGCAGAAUGUUUGUGAUGCAGUUAGAACAUUUUUCAACAGUAAAUGAAAAAAUAUAGCUUCAUGCUGAUAGUAUUUGUCUUCAUUUAAAAGGAAAAAAAAUUAAGAACUUUGCUGUGUUGUGACCAGUGUUUGGGGUCAUGCAUGUGCUCUUUACUUCCAGCAAUUGUAAGGUUCCAUUAUUUGACUCAUUAUCAUAUCCAGGUUUAACUUGGACAGCCUCAAGAAAUUGUUAUAUUGAAGUAUACAGUACUAUAACAACCUUGACUUUAUUAUAAUGAUACCGACUCAAUUGUUAAUGACUGCAUUUCCAAACCAUAUUCAUCUUUGUGUAUAUGAUUUAUCAUAAAAGUUGAUAUUAAUAUAUUUAUUAUUACAGUAUAUUAUAGUUAAUUCUGUGCAUUAUUCUUUAUUGGUAUUGUGGAUUCUACAUUUUUUCUGUAUUCUCCAGCAUUUUUCUUUUUUUACAGCAAAUAAAAAAAGACAUGAUGGUUUAGGAAGCAGGUAAUGGCUAGAAAAAUAUAUAUUUAAAGUGGAUUUAUCUAAAUUCACAGUGCUCGGCUUGUUCUUACGAGAGCAUUUUGACCAUAUUUCCCCUCCGCAAAGCCUAACUGCUGCACAGAAAAUUAUUAUCAGAGAAUCAGGCCUGUGUGGUGGUGAUGAGCGGUACAGUAUAGGCUACAUUACAAGUUUGGUGCUAUUUUGCUGUCAUUACAUCGUAAUACUCGAAUCAUAAUGGAAAGGAAGACACCUCAGACUGAUUACUUAGAUACCACAUAUAAUCAGCUUUAUAAAUUAAAUAUACAAAAAACAAUAGAAAAAGAUAUUAAGAAGUACUGAAAAUCAUAUUGGCCGUUCAUAGAUAAUUCUCAUUGGUGUUUAAAUUAAAGGUCACAUUUCAUCAUAAUGGAGAAGUUACAUCUGGGAAAUUCUUUAAGGUAUAGAAUUAUUUACGUUAUUUUGUUUUAAUUGCAUGUGUUAGAUUUUCUUUAUAGGGAAAAGUACUGUAUGGGAUAUCCUCCUAGUGGAAGGCAUAUGUGAUAUAUAUGUAUAUUGACUGACAUUGUGCAGGAUUCUGUCUACAAAAUGGAAGGUGCAGUGCUGUUAUUCUGUCCUUUUUUUAAGCUUGUAUUUAUAUUUGUAGUAUAUAAUGUAGUUUUAAAUAAUGUGUUGAAGUUAAUAUGACCAAAGUAAUACCUAACUGCUUUUUCAGGGCAGGAAGGUAAGAAUUCCAUGUGCGUGUUUUUGGUUUGGUCAAGUUACUCAGACUAAAGUUACAUCUAUUAGAAUUGCUAUAUGAUAUUCCUAUUAAAUUAUUGACUUGAUUAAAAAAAAAACAUUCUGUAGUGUUAAUAUUUUAGUUAUCACAGACUGGUACAGUAGUGUGUAAUAUGACUGGUUUUUGCAUUGAUUUGUUUUGAAAAGAUGACUUCAAUUUGACUCAUGUUGUCGUGCCAAAAAGAUUGUAAUCAAUUGUAUGUCUUGAUCAGUCCUCAGCAUCGAGGGGGGAGGGGAGGGGGCAGGACACUAUAUUAGGAGUAGUAAUUGCAGUACCAAUACAUAGAUAGAAAAAAUAUCUCAAGGUGGUUAAUGGUAAAAGUCUUACACAGCGGUUAUCACACGUUGUACGCUCUCUUCGCUGGACACUAAAUCAAACAACUCAUUAUAUUGACCAAUGACACUUGUGGUGUUUAAGUCCACCUGAAUUAUUUUAUCCUUGUACAGUACCAUUUUAUUUUUUCCCAAAUGUGUAGAUGUCUUGUACUCAUAGCCAGUGUCCUCUUGUCUAUGUCUUUCUCUUAACACUGUCUUUUAUAUUUACUAAUUAUGUCGGACCCAAUUUGGAGAAGCAAAAUUAUUCCACGUUGCUCGUUGAUUAACCACCACCACUUGCCACUCGAGUCAUUCUUCUGUUUUCUAUUUUGUUAUUUUUAAGUGUGUGAUUUAAGCCUUCAUGAAUACUCUACUGAAAACAUUGUUCUUCCCUUAUCAGCCCAAUAAUUUACCACCCUGGCAUGAUACAAGGGCUCGUAAGUCAAGAAUUAUUCCUCCAGCAUGGUAUACAAGUAUUUUUACUUUUCUUUCACACCUGAUUGUCUUGACCACUUUUAUAUACAGGUAACUGAAAAGCCUGUAAUAUUGUCAUUAAGAAAGUAAAAGUCUAUGAUUUAUAUUUCAUUUCCAUUACUGUUGAGAAUCGAAGAUCAAUUUGACUUAUUUUUGGGUGUGUACUGUACUGUAUGCAUGUAUGUAUGUAUGUAUGUAUGUAUGUAUUAUCUUGAUGAUCUGUGCUUUAUGACCUUCAUUUAUAGUGUGUUGCAGGGCAUAGGGUGGAAUAUGUCUCAGGAACUUAAAUGUAACUUCCCUAUGACUUAUAUAGUAUCCGGAGAAGGGUAAAUUAAAUAGAUUUUUAUUGAAUUAUUGCAUUCUCUAAUUUCCAGGUGAGUAAAUGGUGACUUCAGAUAUUUUGAAUGACCCAAAACUCUUUACCUGGAAGCAGAUGUGUUUCACCAAACUCUUGAGUCAAGUUUGCAGUUGUUAUCACAGAGUAAUUUCCAUCAAAAACUGUGUGUGUGUGUAGCUUGAUAUUUAUUAGUUGAUGGUGUCUCCUUUAUAUAGAAGAUUUACCCUUCAUCCACACCACCACCGUAAAACACAAGAGUGUACUGUACAAGUUCUCGUGUUAGAUGUCAACCUCACGAGUUACUAAAUAUUAAUGUGCUUGUGAACACUGUUGAAUGAGAGGUUAACCAUUCUUUCUUACUGAUAAUUUUACUAAAAAUAAAUGACUUUGUAAAGAUAUAUUACAUUCCUUCUUCAUCAAAUGUGGAGAAAGAAAAAGAAGACAAUUUUAGGGUGCUCGAAGUCCUGUCACUACUGGGAUAUUAGGUAAUUAUCAGUGAUUUUUAGCUUGUGCAGUUGUGUUCAUUCUUCAUCAUGAAUUAGCCGGUGGAUCAAUAAAACUGAUGCUGGUUGCUGUAUAUAUAAUAGUGAAUGAUUUAUUUGUCCAUUUACUAAUAUGACAUUUUUAUAAGAGAUUAAAGACAACCUGUUUUGAAAAGAAUGUGGAAAAUGUUAAGAGAAUAUAUGUGUGUGUGUGUGUGUGUUUAUGGCAUUCUUACCAGUAAGAGAAGAUACUACAUUUAAUAAUAUGAGUUGUCUGAAGCCCAGUACAUCUGCUUGUAUCAUUAAAAUAAAUUAUCAAUGUGCUGAACUGUUUUUUAAGGGUCGAAUUCAGUCAUAUUUCUUAUAUACAGUAUAAGUGAAUCUGUCUUGUACCUACUACUUCAUUGGGAGUCGCGAAUGUUCCCAAUCAUUUAUAUCGUGGGUUUAGUAUACCAUACAUGCACCUACUGUAGUGUAUACCUUUGGGUUAGCCAGAUUUGGAAUAUCAAAUUGUACCUUUGUCUAUACUCUGGGUGAUAUUUGGGUCAUAUUUGUAAAUAUAUAUAUUGUGUACGAACCAGUCACAAUGCCAUGGAGAUCACCGAUAUGAAAGCCAUCACACGGAAAAUAGACUUAUACGAGGAAGAUGUUUUCACUGGUCGCGGGAGGUGUUGUGAUUACCUGUACUGAACUAUACAUGUUGGGAUGCACAGACUCCCCAUAGUACAGUAACUUCUAAGUUGAAAAUCUUCCUAAUAUAUGCCUGUGUUUUUCUGUGUGGUGGCUUUACAAUAACUAGAUAAUUCCUGUUGACUAGCAGUGGUCCUCUCACCGAUAGCCAGUGCAAUAGUGAACCAUUAUCUGUACCUAGUGGUUGCUGGUGAAAUGUACCCCAGGCUUAAUAUGCUCUAACCUAACCUAUAAUCUAAACUCAUUAACUUAACCUAACCUAUCCUAAUCCAUGGGAAUCUAACUUACCUAAUCCAACCUAAUAAAAUUUAACUUGAUCUAACAAUUUAACUUAAUCUCAUCUAAUCUAACUUAACCUCAUCUAACCUAACCUAAUCAGAUCAUUCAGGUAAAGCACCAUUAAAAUUAGAGUCUAUUAUGGCUGGAGCCCCUUUGACCACACACCUAUACAGUACCUAGAACCUUGGGGAGCGGGGGUAGCCUUAGCGUAAUGAAUGACUUUUUUGUACUUUCUAUAAUGGGAUCACUUAUGGGGGUUUUAGUGAAUUUAGUGUGACAGACAGACAGACUGGUAAUAAACCACACCAAAAAUGACUAUACUGAUGAUGGCAUUCUUUAUGUAGCAUUGUUAUAACUAAAAUUAUCUUCAUAAUAUAUUUGGUUUAUAUAAUGUAUUGAUGUCAUGAUUUAGAGAACAAAAGAUAUGGAAAUUUGUUUUUGAUUUGGCUGUGGAAUUUGGACUUGUGUGUUUUCAUUGUAAUAGCAUGCAUGAUGUGAUUAGUGGACAGUCAGUCACCUGCAAGUAUCUACUCAAUAUGGCUCUUUCACCUGAGAAUCUGUACAAUGUUAUUUAUCGAUCACUGUACAGUGCAGUACAGGGUGUGUCUAAUAAAUGUACACACACACACAUAAUGCCUUACAGAGUUUUGCGCAGAACCCCUUAAUGUUUGUUGCCAGUGUAACAGAAACAUUCAUGCUACCUCUAUGUAAUCUGUAAGGUUGUAUACAUUUUUCUGAGACGCCCUGUAUAGUGGGUUCUCGUUUGGGUCGAGUCUUGCUGUUUUAUGCUUUCACUGAUCAAAUAAUGCAUCUUAUUGCGGAAUGUAAAGUCAUGUGUAUAGUCGAGUUCCAUAAGCUGCUGUUGUUACCUUACAUUCAUUAGGAUUUGUUAAUUUCACUCCUUUAUCUGAUUUACGACUGUACCUCCUGUCAUCCAUACUGAGAAUAAAUCUGGUAUGUGAAAAA